AUGUCUGCCAUCAAAACGGUGAGUUUUCUGCAGCAAGAGCUCCGGAGGCGGCUGCAGUGGGGCACAGAUUCAAAAAACCCUGAAAACCUGCAUGCCCGGCGGUCUGUUGAGGAUACAUUGAUCGAGAAGUUGGACGUUUUCUUGUCGUCCAUCGAGCACCGGCUCGACCGAUUCGACCAGUACAUCAAGAUUUCGGACGAUGUGUUUUUGGAAGAUUUGCCGCCACAGGCCGAGCAGCCAGGCGUGCCGGAAACGGCCCGGUCCCGGCGGCUGAGCCUGGCGUCGCUCCUGUCGCUCAAGCACUUUUCCAUGUACAAUCUCAACAAGGUGUAUGAACAGCUUAGCGUGGUGAAGGACCAGGUGUUGAAGACCUCGGUGCUUAAUCUCGAGUAUCUCUACAAGGCUUUGGACGACAAGUACAACUACCUAUUUCCCGAGGAAGGCGAGGAGAAGCGCGAGCCAGCAGCGCCUCUGUAUUUGGAGUCGCUCAGCAGCAACCGCGAGCUUCUCGCUAACAAAAUCAUCACCAACUUGACGUACUUCGAGCAGAAGCUCUCGCAGAUAGACGCGCUCGUGCAGAGCCGCACGCCGCAGGCCACCGCCAAUUACGACGCAGACGCCCGCUUUAGCCGGUACCGCUUUUUCAACUUUAAUCGUGCGCUCAGGGCCGCGCAGGAGGGGUACCUCCACUACUACCAGCUCCCGCUCCUGUGGCGCGAAAACAGGUACAUCAUCCACGGGUACCGGUUCAACCUCAGCCACCGCGAGAUGUGGCGGCUGAUGCUCCACCUCAACCACAACGAGCUGGCCAACAUCUGGACGCACAUCUGCGGUGCAGCCGCCGUGUGUUACUUGGGGCUUGUGCACUUCCCCCAGACGCAGGUGUACACGCUCAACUCACGCACGGGUAACGUGGUCAUGUACCUCUUUCUCUUGGCGGCGCUCGCGUGCCUCGUCAGCUCUGUGCUCUGGCACACGUACCUGUGCUUUGCGCAGCUCAAGAUCCGCAACCGCUUUGCCUGCGUCGACUACACGGGCAUCACUGUGCUCAUCACGUGCUCCGUGGUGGCUGCAGAGUACUGCUCCUUGUACAACUACGCAAAACUCCUCUACUCGUUCAUGGCGGUACUGGUGGCGCUGGGUAUCGCCGGGUUCAUCUUCAACUGGUCGCCUUACUUUGACCGCCCCGAGUGCCGUCCGCUCCGAAUAGGUUUUUUCGUGUCGCUAGCGUUUUUGGGUGCCACCACGUCUCUAUGCAAGUGGUACUACGAGGGCAUCGUGACUGCAUUCUACUUUUACGCGCCGUUGGUGUACAAGUCGUUUGUGUGGUACUGGAUCGGCGUGGUGUUUUACGGCGGGCUUAUCCCCGAACGCUGGCGGUACGACAUUAUCAUCAACGAAGACGAUACGUGCGCGCACGACCACUCUGCACUGGAGGUGCUCAUGGGUAACAUGGAGCACAGCGGCGAGGAGGAGCUCCGCGAGGUGCAGGCCAGCAUGGAGAACCGUGGUGGAGUCACCAGCGGGCCGCGCGCGACAUGCACCUGUGCGUCUGCCGUGCUGGAUGAUGAAACGAUGCAACAGAACGACAUUUUGAAAAAACACUUCCCCGAGUCGCCCAUGCGCACGCCCUUCCACAGAGAUUUCUUGUCCUUGUGGUGGGUGGACUACAUUUUCCAGAGUCAUAACAUCUGGCACGUGUUCGUGGUGUUGGGUGUGGUGGGGCACUACUUCUGCCUUUUGGGAAUGUAUGAGGAAGUCCAACUCCAGCACGGUUUUGCUGGUGUUUAG